AUGUCAACCCUUUUCAAUCGUCAACCACAGACUCAAUUUCUUUACCCUGGAAAUGGGAGUCAGUUAUCCUAUCAGCAACAGCAGCAUCAGCAGCAGCAACCACAACCACAACCACAACAACCACCACAACAACAACCACCACAACAACAACAGCUUCAACAACAACAGCUUCAACAACAAUCGUCCAACCAACCUCAGCUUUUUCAACAACAACAACAAGAACAACCCGCGUGGCUACAGUCUCAACACAAUCACAAAAAGAGAAUUAUUCCUAACCACUUAGUACCUCACAAAAAGCUGAAUUUCCAAAUAAGCGCACCAGGUACCUCCAAAAACAAAAGCAAUAAUGAAUCCCAAUCAUCAAUGCUAGUAUCCAACGACCAAUUCAAUGUAGUUUCGUUUGGAAACAACAGAAGAAACACUAUAACAAAUGGUAAUAUGCUAGACAGGGCAAACACAAGCUUAAGUGCGUUAUUCGAAUCAGUUGGAGGAGAUUUAAGUCGAUUCGACGAUUCUAUGAAUGAAAGUUUUAAAAACGAUGAUGGUGUGGUUGAAAGUUUGGAUGCGCCUACAGAUGCGCCACCUUUAAAGUCUGUUUAUGACUUGGAUGAGGAUACAUUUGGGGUAAAUAAACCCACUAAAAAACAGUCAGAUCUCAUCAGUAAAGAUCCAAAAGAGUUUAACAACUUGUUCAAACGUUUUGAAGCAAGAGAUGGUAAAGCUGAGAGGGAAAAAAGGGAAGACAAGACAAAGAGUGUAGUUGAUGUGUCUGAAAAUGCAAUUAUUGUGUUUGGAUACCCAGAAAAUACUUCAGUACAAAUCAUUCAAUAUUUCAAACAAUUUGGUACGAUUCUUGAAAAUUUCACCGAUCUUUCUUCAGGAAAUGAAGCGUGGAACCUAUUGAGCAAUCUUGAGAAGAAGAAGAAAAAUGUCAGUAUCUAUACCGGCACCAACUGGAUAAAAAUUACCUACGACAAUCAUAAUUCAGCAUUGAAUGCAUUACAAGAGAAUGGUUGUAUAUUCAAUGGCAACUUGCUUGGUGUUGUCCCAUAUCACAAAAGUGUCAUUGACAAAUUGGAGAAGAAGAAGGUGUUUGUGAAUGAAGAUAUUGGAAACGGUAACUUAUCAAUGCCAUUAAAAUCAGUAUUUGAGCAGGAAAAGAAAUCAAGUGGGAUUGAGAAUCAAGUAAUCACCCCUCCAUCUUCAUCUUCUCCAUCAGGAGCAAACAAAUCAACUUAUGUGAACUCACUAAACCCUAAAGAAGAAUCUCAUUAUUUUGUAUCCUCAAAAGAUAAGAAAGAUGAGAGUAAAAACGACGAGCAAAAGAAACCAAAAUUGAGUGUAUUAAAGACUUUAUCAAACUAUAUAUUUGGAUUUCAUGAUUUAUAG